AUGAAGUCUUUUAGAAAUCCAAAAUAUUUAGAAAGAUAUGAAGAUGUUGUUUUCGACCUUGAACAGGCUUUAGCAACACCAGCAAAUAAUGCUCAUCAAACUAAAACAGGUCAUAGAUUUGUUGCUGAUAACACAGGAGAAGCUACUCCUUAUGAUUGGUAUAACGCGCGAUUUUCAGUAGAUUUCAAAGUUCAACUUUUAGACGGAACUGAUUUUAACAAUAAUAACCCCCAAGCGGGAAUAGUAAAUGGAAGUAAUUCUCUCAUAGAAAAAUUAUCUAUCCUAGCAAAUGGUCGAGAUGUUUACAGUUGCAACUAUGCUAAUCACGUAGUAAAUAUUAAGAAUUUGCUUGAGUAUAAUCCAUCUUAUGUUGAGAGUGUUGGCACAAAUGAAUUUUACUAUCUUGAUACAUCAAGAAGUGCUGAAAAAAAUAAAUUUACAAAAAGGCAAGUAACUCACAGAAGAAAUGAAGCUAAUAAUGCUGAUGAAGCAGGAUUAAUGAUAGAUGAUGUUGAAGCUGAUUAUAACAAAGGUUUUGCAACAAGAAGAGCGCUAAUAGGCAACUCAGUAACAAUUAGUUGUGAUAUUCCCCUCAACAGAUAUUCUUUCUUUGAAUCACUAGAGGACAAACUUCUUCCAAAUACAAAAAUUGAGUUGAAUAUAGAACUAGAAUCGGAUAACAAUCUUAUCUGGAGAACUGGAGGUGCCGCUUGUAGAGUUGUACUAUCAAGAUUUCAACUAUUUGUUCCAAAAUUAACAUUUAACUCAGAAGGACAAAAACUAUACAUGGAAAAUUAUCUCAAACCAUACAAAUGGGUGUAUCUUAAUGAAGUAGUAGAGCGAUCAAAUAACUCUCAACAGCAAACAGGUCAUUUUAGAAUUACAAAUGCUAUCUCAAAACCUCGACAUGUAUUUGUUUUUGGAAUUAACACAGCUAAUAUUAGUUCUCAAACAGAAAAUCCAUUUUUAUAUAAUACUUUUAAUCUACCAAAUAAUGCUAAUAUAUCUCGCUGUUAUCUCGAGGUUGGAAAUGGAAAUGAGUACCCUGAUAUUCACUUUAAACCAGCUACAGAUCCAGCAAGAGUUUUUAGAGAAGUAAUGUCAUAUGUAUAUGCAAAUAAUGAUUUUCAAGGUGGAACACUACUUAAUAGAUCCAAUUUUAGUUCUUUAUUUCCAUUUGUUUAUUUUGAUCUUACAAAACAAAAAUUGGAUAUUAAAGAUGGUGUUACAAAAUUAUCAUUUCACUACGAACUAUCUGCUAAUCCAAACGCUGAUUAUAAUUUAUACGCUUUAGUCCUACAUGAGCGAGAAGCAGAAAUAGAACAAGAAGGAGGAAAACUAUUAUUAAGAGCUUGA